AUGACAGACCGCAUGAUAAUCGGGACAAACAAGCUACCCAGCAACCCCACACCUCUCUCCGCGCCACAAGAACAACAAGUUCGGGAUCUAUACUACAAAAACGUGCGCGCGAAAUGCGCUCAAGAGAUUGAAACAUUUGCCCAAUGCGCCCUGGGCCGCACAUUCACCAUGAUCUACGCAUGCCGCGCCCCCCGCCUCGCCAUGAACGCCUGCAUGCUGCAAUACCAGAACCAAGACGAGCUGGACAAGGCGCGACAAGAGUGGUUUGCACUAGCUGGGGAGCGGCGGCGGGCGCGGGAGGAGCAUCAGAAGAAGUUGGAGGAUGCGCGGGAAAAGCACAAGGAGUGGUGGAAUUUGGAUGAGAGUGGGAGGACGGUUGGGAGGAGGGCUGAGGAGGGGGCUGGGAAGGGGGGGAGGGAGGAGAAUAGGGUUGAUGAGAGGGGGGUGCAGAGGGGGGGUAUUUAUAGGGGGACUUAG